CGAGUGUGAGCUGGGGGUCUCUGAUUGUCAUACGCAUGCAACAUGCGUGGACACACCAUCUCUGUACGACUGUGUCUGCAAUGACGGUUUCACCGGAAACGGAAGAGAAUGCCAAGAUAUUGACGAGUGUUUGGAAGCAGAGUGGUGCCCAACUAUCGCCACUUGUGAAAACACCGAAGGAUCAUUUAUUUGUCACUGCCCUGAUGGUUACCUUGGCAACGGACGAGUCUGUGAUGACAUUGACGAGUGUGCCAACAGCGAGUUGAAUGACUGCGAUGAAAAUGCACAAUGUAUGAACACAAGAGGGAGUUUUAAUUGCAAAUGCAACAAGGGAUUCAAGGGUAAUGGACGAACAUGCAUUGAAUACGGACUUGCUACAGUUUUGGGGAUCCCCACUACUUCACCUUCGACAAGAAAUUCUUCAACUUCAUGGGCGCAUGUACGUAUACUUUGGUGAAAAACUGUACAGACUUCGGUCCAGCGUAUCUGGUUGAGACCAUGAACGAAGGUGAAAUAAAGCACGGCGAGCAAGUGUCAUCGACUAAAGAAGUCUACGUUACAGUCUAUGGGAAUGUAUUUUCGCUGAUGCAGGACAAUGAAGUUAGAGUGGACAAUCUGACGGUGACGCUCCCCUAUGUGAUUGGCGGCGUCACUAUCAAAAGAAUGGGCAAUUCCGUGGUUCUUAUCACCGAUUUUGGAUUGCGAGUCAAAUGGAACGGCGCAUCUCUUGCCGAAAUAGGGUUGCCACACACCUAUAAGACCACCACGUGUGGUCUAUGUGGAAACUAUGACGGCAACAAACCAAAUGACUACACAAUGCCGGAUGGAACACGGGCUUCCAAUGCUGUAGAGCUUGGCAACAGCUGGCAGUCGACUAGAUCUACGGUGGGGUGUGUACAGCAAGUUGAAGAGCCCGAUUCAGAGGAAUGCUUUUCGCAGGAAGUACUCGAUCGUUGCGAACUCAUCAGAGAUUUAGACGGUCCGUUUGCUGAUUGCCAUGAAGCGAUUCCAUAUGAACAGUACUACCAGUCUUGCGUCAUCGACUCGUGUGCCUAUAUCGAUACCAUACCGGAUAUUUACUGCCAGGCAUUCCAGGCGUACGCAGACCAGUGUGUCGAUGCCAACGUGCCUCCGCCCGACUACAGAGAACCUGGCAUGUGCGAUGUUGACGAGUGUGCAGAUAACACCCAUACAUGCGAUGCAAACGCUGAAUGCACCAAUAAUGUCGGGGCGUAUAGCUGCUCAUGCUCGGCUGGUUUCCACGGCGACGGAUUUACAUGUGACGACGAUGACGAAUGCGCCGAUGGAACUGACAAUUGCCACAAUGACGGGCACUGUAUCAACACCGAGGGUUCGUUUACAUGCCAGUGUAAUGUGGGAUACGUCGGUGAUGGAGUCAAUGCGUGUGAUGAUAUUGAUGAAUGUGCCGAUUCAGGUGAUAACGCGUGCAGUCAGCGUGCAGAGUGCGUAAACACAAUUGGCUCCUACAUCUGCACAUGCGUAGAAGGAUAUACCGGUAACGGAGAAGUUUGCGAAGUAACUGACGGAGGCACCAACAAUUGUGAUGAGGAUCCCAGUCAUUAUUGCGGUGAUGGAGGGGAUUGUGUCGAGCUACAACCAAACAUCAAUACAUGUAUUUGUAAUGAAGGUUUUCACCAUGUACAAACACCACCAGAAUGCAUAGAUGAUGACGAGUGUUUCCUGAACCCAUGUGACGUCAAUGAAGAAUGUACAAACACUCCCGGAUCCUACAGCUGUGACUGUAUAGAUGGAUAUACUCGGGACAUAAAUGGAGUGUGCCAAGACGACAACGAAUGCGACGAUCCGGCGUCCUGUGCCGCGCAUUCUACGUGCGUAAACCUGCCAGGUAGCUAUCGUUGCGAGUGUGCAGACGGUUACGUCGGAGAUGGGGAAACGUGUGACGACAUUAACGAAUGUGACCUCAACGAAUACACGUGCGACGUACAUGCUGACUGUGUUAACACUGUCGGAAGCUACGACUGCCUUUGCAGGGAAGGCUUCACUCAAAAUGGCGAUACAUGUGAAGAUAUCAACGAAUGUACCGAGGCUACGCAUGAAUGUGACGUCCACGCUGUGUGUAUUAACAACAUCGGUAGCUACCAAUGUUUAUGUCCAGAUGGACUAACUGGCAACGGCCAUGAAUGUCAAAGCAUAAAUGAGUGUGAAUGUGGGCUCAGCAGCUGCCACUCGGAUGCCGUGUGCCUUGACCAGCCAUAUGGCUUCAAGUGUACGUGUGCUCAAGGCUUUUAUGGUAACUGUGACAACUGUCAAGAGUAUAACGAAUGUGAGUAUGGCCAACAUAACUGUAUUUCCUCACGUUCUACUUGCGUGGAUACGUAUGGAUCGUUCCGCUGUGAAUGCAAUGAGGGUCUUACCGGCGACGGUUACCGCUGCUAUGAUAUAAAUGAAUGUGCACAUGGUCUGCACGAUUGCCACAUCAACGCAAUUUGUAAGAAUAGAUUCCAAGGCUACGCAUGCGAGUGUGCACUGGGAUACGAAGGGAAUGGUACAAUGUGUGAAGAUAUUGACGAAUGUGCUCUGGGUAUACACAGUUGUGAUGAAGAUGCCACGUGUUCAAACGUUGAGGGCUCCUUCGUUUGUCAGUGCAAUGAAGGAUUCUAUGGAGAUGGACGAUUCUGCCAAGAUUUUGAUGAAUGUGCCGAUGGGAGGAAUGACUGUUCAUUGUAUGGCGUCUGUACUAAUACCCCAGGCGGGUUCGAGUGUUCGUGUCCGAUCGGCUUUGAAGGCGAUGGCUACACAUGUACAGAUAUUGAUGAGUGUUUGAAUGUUGGUAUAUGUGAUCCUAAGUCUGAUUGUGUCAAUAUCCACGGAGGGUAUCGAUGUGACUGCCAAGCCGGGUUCGAAGGAGAUGGAAAGGUCCUGUGCAGUGAUAAAAAUGAAUGUCUGUCUGGAGAGCACACCUGCUGUACCGAAUAUGGAUGCAUUUGCAUUGAUACCUUGGAUGGAUACACCUGCGGUUGUGACACUGGUUUCGUGGCGGAUGGAGACACGUGUAAAGAUAUUGACGAGUGUUUGACCAACCCAUGUAUUGCUAACUCGGAGUGUUUAAACACCCUCGGAUCAUAUACGUGUCACUGUCUACAUGGUUAUGAUAGACGUUAUGGUCUAUGUCUGAAUAUCAACGAGUGUGAAUUCGGUUUAGAUAAUUGCAACCGAGAAAGGUCGAUGUGUAUCGAUGAGGACGGGUCUUACAGAUGUGAGUGCAAGAGUGGUUAUGAAUUUUUGCCAGGAAGCAAUGUGUGCACAGAGAAAGACAGAUGUGAUGGUCAGUUGGUUUGUGGUGUGAAUUCAUUCUGCACCUUGGACUACAAAGAAAAUCCAGUUUGUAUGUGUAAAUCCGGCUACGAGUACGACGGAAAUACCUGUAAAGAUAUUGAUGAAUGUGAAGUGGAUCUAUUUCCAUGCAGUGACCCGCUGGCAACAUGCAGGAACCUUCCUGGGGAGUAUGAGUGCGUUUGCCCAGCUGGCUACGAGACAGUAGCACAGUCACUCUGUCAAGGAUGGUGUGCAUUAUUAUUUGAUACCGAACUGCAUCACUGA